AUGGCAAUGUCCCUGGGCUAUGUGGACUGCCCAGCCACACCCGACGAGGAAACAAGACAGCUGUAUUUCCAUAAUGACGAGAUCUUUAUUACGGAUGGCAUCUCAGCAUCCGAGAAUAGGAUACUUGCAGCUUUUGGAGGAAAGAAGAGCAAAGAUGAGCCGGUACUGAUAUCAGAACUUACUAUUGAGAAGCGAAUGCUAUUGUCUGAGUUGAUGCCUGCAGAAGUUGAGCUGGAAGACGUUAUCGGAAAAGGUGAAAUUACUAAAAGGCUGGCGUCCGAGCUAUUUCACCGCACCGGAGUUCUGGCUUACGGGCAAUAUUACCUUCUUGUUCGGGCAAUCUGUGGACGUCCUCUUAGAGACGGGAUAACAGAAAAUGAUCUUUCGCAACGGUAA